GGAAGUGCUCACGAGAAUCUCGCGCGACUCCCUCCUGGUUGCUAGGCGACCGUGUAACCUUGUAUCGGUGGAAAGCAGCCGGGGCCAACAUGCCACCCAAAAAGAAGAAAGGAAGCAAGAAAAAGUCUGCUAAAGGAAAGAAAACCCCGGGGGUCGUAGAUGGGGUGGCCACAGAAGAAAUGACCAAAGAGCAGUUGGAGGAGCACAUCGUACGGCUGAGGGAGGAACUCGAUCGGGAACGGGAGGAGCGCAACUACUUCCAACUGGAGAGAGAUAAGAUCCACACCUUCUGGGAGAUCACCCGCCGGCAGCUCGAUGAGAAGAAAUCCGAGCUACGGAACAAAGACCGCGAAAUGGAGGAGGCGGAGGAGAGACACCAGGUGGAAAUUAAAGUGUACAAGCAGAAGGUGAAGCAUCUGUUGUAUGAGCAUCAGAACAACAUCUCCGAGCUAAAGGCAGAAGGCAGCGUAGCCAUCAAGCUGGCGCAGAAGGAUCAUCACUCGCAAGAGGCCACACUUUGGAAAGACAUGCGCGGAUUGAGGGUCGAGCUCAAAGAACAGGAACUGGCCAAUGAAAUGGUGGUGAAGAACCUGAAGAUGAAACAAGACGAAGAGAUCACACGUUUAAGGAACGACUUUGAAAGACAAGUACGAGAAAUUGAGACCAAAUAUGAAAAGAAGAUGAACAUUUUACGUGAUGAGCUGGAGCUGCGCAGGAAGACAGAGAUCCACGAGAUAGAAGAGCGAAAAAAUGGACAGAUCAACACCUUAAUGAAAAACCACGAGAAGGCCUUCAGUGACAUUAAGAACUACUACAAUGACAUCACACUCAAUAACCUGGCAUUGAUCAAUUCACUUAAGGAGCAGAUGGAGGAGAUGAGGAAGAAGGAAGACCGUCUGGGGAAGGAAAUGGCGGACCUACAGCUGCAGAAUCGUCGUCUUACAGAGCCUCUGCAAAAGGCGCGUGAAGAGGUGGCAGAUCUCCAGAAACAGCUGGCCAACUACGAGAAAGACAAGACAGCUCUGGCUAGUACAAAGACACGCCUGAAGCAGACAGAGAAAGAGCUAAACCAAGAGAAAUGGGAGCACGAGGUGUUAGAGCAAAGGUUUGGAAAGCUACAAGAGGAGCGCGAUGAACUCUACACGAAAUUCACAGCCGCCAUCCACGAAGUUCAGCAAAAGAGCAGCUUCAAGAACCUUUUACUGGAACGGAAGUUGACAGCGCUGGGAGAAACACUGGAGAAAAAGGAGGCCCAACUAAAUGAGGUGCUUGCCGCAUCCAACCUGGACCCCAUGGCACUCAGCGCAGUCACGCGCAAGCUGGAGGAUGUACUCGAUACAAAGAACAACGCCAUUAAGGAUCUACAGUACGAGCUGGCAAGAGUGUGCAAGUCUCACAAUGACCUCCUGCGGACGUACGAAGCGAAGAUGCGAGCUUUUGGCAUUCCUGUGGAUGAGUUUGGAUUUAAACCCCUGGAGAACCUGGCAGCUGGGCAAAGAUUGGGCCAGGGCCCUGCUGGGCUGGUUGCUGCUACAACGUAAAGUCCUCCCUAUUAUACUGCUCAAUAAAUUGCGUAUUUUACUGUGUAGAGGGCUUUUGUAUC